AUGGAGAGGAUCAGAAAGUCAUGCAUUGUGCUGGCUUUCCUUCUUAUAUUCAUCUCCAUGGAAGUUGCCAUUGUUCGAGGCCAAGGCAACAACAAUGGCAACAACAACAACGGCAACAACAAUGGCAACAACAACGGUGGCAACAACAAUGGCAACAACAACCAUGGAAACAACAAUGGCAACAACAACAACCCCAACGGAAACAACAACAACAAUGGAGGCAACAAUAAUGGCAACAACAACAACGGAAACAACAACGGCAACAACAAUGGUAACGGCAGCAAUGGCGGCGCUGUCAAACAGGAAGAAGCUCCCUGCAAAAACAAAGGGGUAUGUGAGAAGACUCUCACUUGUCCGGCUGAAUGCCCCCAAAGGAAGCCCAAGAAGAACAAGAAAAAGAAGGGAUGUUUCGUUGAUUGUAGUAGCAGAUGUGAAACCACCUGCAAGUGGAGAAAACCCAACUGUAAUGGCUAUGGAUCUCUAUGUUACGAUCCUCGGUUUGUUGGCGGUGACGGUGUAAUGUUCUACUUCCAUGGAGCAAAGGGAGCUGACUUUGCCAUUGUCUCAGAUGACAACCUUCAGAUCAACGCCCACUUCAUCGGAACCCGGCCAAACGGAAGGACUAGAGACUACACAUGGGUGCAAGCCCUCUCAGUCAUGUUUGAAACACACACCCUAGUCCUUGCAGCCAACAGAGUCUCUCAUUGGGACAACAAUGUCGAUGCUCUCAUCGUGAAGUGGGACGGCGAGGCCAUCACCAUACCCACCGAAGGAGAGGCUGAAUGGAGGCUUAACAGUGGAGAGAGAGAGGUGGUUGUGGAGAGAACUGAAGAUGCCAACAGUGUGAGGGUGACAGUGAGUGGUUUGGUGGAAAUGUAUGUGAAGGUGAGGCCAAUAGGAGCAGAAGAGAAUAGGGUUCACAACUAUCAGUUGCCAAGCGAUGAUGCUUUUGCUCACUUGGAGACACAGUUUAAGUUCUCAAAUCUGUCUGAUCUUGUGGAGGGAGUUCUGGGGAAGACUUACAGGCCUGGCUAUGUUAGCCCUGUCAAAGUCGGCGUGCCGAUGCCGAUGAUGGGUGGGGAGGACAAGUACCAAACUCAAUCACUCUAUUCAACACUCUGCAACGUUUGCAGGUUCAAGAGACAAUCAGGGUUUGAUACGGUUCAAGGACUAUCUGAAUUUUAA